AUGCCAUCGCAACACUUCUCAGCACAACCUUCGACUCAAGGCCGAUUCCCGCUCACCCGAGGGCUCCUGAUCACGACCCCCUCCGCGUCCGGCUCCCGGCCCGUUCCCCACAGGUCCCGCUGCGCACGUCCGCCCCUCGCCCACUCCUCCCUCCUCAACAUCCCCCACGCCCCCUCUCCUCCGGGCUCUUCGGACCCAGCCCCCCGCCCCCGAGACCCCGCUCCCGCUCAGGCCCCUCCUCCAACGCCCCCCCGCUCUCCUCAAACCCCGCCUCCAAGCCCCGUCCCCCCGCGCUCCCUCCCACUCAGGUCCGCAGGUCACCUCAGCGACGGAUCCAGCCGUCCCAGCCUCUCUGCAGCCUGGUCGCAGCCGCUCCGGGAGCGAAUCCUCUGCCCCCUCCGCUCCGGUCUCGUCCUGUCCCGCUCGCCCCUCCGCAAGCUCUUUCUCACCGCCGCCGCCGCCCCUUUUGCCAACCCGGAAAUGGAUAUGCUCCCACCGUCCCCAGCGUCCGCGAACAAAAUGGAGGCGGGGGAAAAAGGAGGAGGGAGCAGCGAGCGAAGAGACGCCAGGCGCGUGCGCAGCUAUAAAGCCCGCCCCCUUUCGGAGCACGUAAAGGCGGAAGUGGUUGAAUUGGCCGCCAUCUUGGGAAGGUCGCAAAAAUUCCGCUAA